UGAUUCCUGAGCCAAUUUGGCGAGAGAAAAGCAAUGACUUACCACGCUUGGAAGACGCUUGGCACACUCUUACGCUGUUUUCACAUAGUGUUGGUUGUUUUAUUCUUGUGUUAGUAUUUUCUCACCCGCUUGUUUUGAAAUCGCUUUCGUCUGGAUUGCAAUAAAAAUGAAGCAGGCACUUGAAUCAGUCGGACAACGGAGGAUUUUCAACAAAGCCCUCCAAUCUGCACUUCGCUCUUCGUCUUUGUCCCAAAAUGAUCCUGUAGCAUGCAAGGGAAAAUGUAAGAUAACUGAGGAUAAAACUGCAUCUGCUUAUAGACCUAAUACACACAAGCCGAAAUCCACUGAAGUUAUGGCUGCAAGUUGUGAAAAUCCUCUCCAGAUAGAUAUGAAUGAGAGUAGUUCGUCACCCAGUCCUGAUAGUGAAGCCAUCCCAUUUUUAAAAAAAAGUGCAUUUGAUCGGGAAAGUUUGAACACAGUUCAAAAUCAAGCUGCAUCAUUAUCUCAUCCACCUAGUAUGCAUAUUCCCAAUCCUGCACACGCAAUGGCUGCAAAUUUUCAAAACCCUUGCCUAAUGAAGACCAACAAUGAGUAUAAUUUACCAACCAAUCAUGUUACUGAAACCUCUUUAUCUGAUCUGCAUUUCUGGGUAAGGAAUACUCACAUGGCUUCAAUUCAAGAAACUUUAAAUAUGGUUCCUAGUGAUAACACUGAUGCUUGGAUUAUAAAGAACCGUCUAAUGGCAUUGCAGCAACUAAAGUCUGAUUUUCCUGAUCAAUAUUCCUCCAGUCUUAGCCUUUCUCCUCCAAACAUGACCGAUUCAUCUGGGGAAAUAUCUCCAGUUGCAAUGUAUAAUCCAUCAGAUCUUGGAGCUUUCAAUAUUUCACCAUUGUCAUCUAGAAAUUCACUUUCAUCUGCAAAUAGUUCUUUGAAAGAUGCUCCUCUUACUAAUGAAAAAUGUAAAUUCGAAAAACAUGAUAGGCCUAUCAUGCAUCAACAAGAUGGAAUAAAAUUAGAAUUAAUGCUUGGAAGAAAUUUUUCAAAGAAUGAAAAAUCUUCUGGGGAGAAUUCUUUAUUCCGUGGCAAAUUACAAUCUGGAUUCAAAACUGAUCAAAGUACUGGAGUUAUUGAUAAAAAUACAAAGCAAUAUUUGUAUGAGAAGUCAUAUCAAGAAAAAGAAACAGGGCCAAAAAAUUCAAAAUCUGGAAGUAGUAAUGUAGACUGUUGUGAGAUAUUUCAUAAUAAUCAUAUGGACAAGAAUAAAAAUAAUGUAGCUAAGUUGGCAAGCUAUGAUGUUGCUUCUUUGAUGGUUCUGAAAUCCACAACAGGCUUCUUUGAUUCUCAUUGUCAUAUUGAUUUAUUGUUGGCUCGUGAGAAGUUUCAAGGUACAUAUGCUGAUUAUAUGGCUCAGCAUAAAGAUAGUUAUCCGCAAAGCUAUAAGGGUUGUAUAGCAGUCUUCUGCAAGCCAUUGACAUUUGCUAAGAAACAAAUGUGGCAAAAACAUCUUGAGCAAGAUAAUGUUUGGGGAGCUUUUGGUUGUCACCCAAAAUCAGCGAAAUUUUAUGAUGGCAAAACAGAAGAAGAUUUGUUAAAUGCUCUGAACCAUCCAAAAGUUAAAGCCUUAGGCGAAAUUGGAUUGGAUUAUUCAAAGGGAAAUCAGUGUUCAAAGUUAGAACAACAUCAUGCAUUUAGAAGGCAAUUAAGAAUUGCCCAAGAAAGGAAACUGCGGCUGGUAAUCCAUUGUCGGGAUGCUGAUGCUGAUACUAUUAAAAUUAUGCAUGAAAUACUACCUAGAGACACGAUUUUCCACUUGCAUUGCUUCACUGGUAGCUGGAAAAUGGCUCAAAAGUGGAUACAAGAAUUUCCUAAUGUUUUCAUUGGAAUCACAAACUUGGUGACAUUCCCUUCUGCUACUCCAACUCAUGAAGUAGUUCGGCAGUUGCCUUUAGAACGUCUGUUACUAGAAACAGAUGCACCUUAUUUUGUACCUUCAGUGAUUCCCAAAGGUACUAAUUCUUCCCAUCCUGGUAUGGCCAUACAUGUUGCAGCUCACAUUGCUGCACUUAGAAAGAUUUCUGUGGAUACAGUUCUACACUGGACAUCUACCAACACACGAAUUGUCUACAACAUAACAUAAAAGCUUCAUUCUACUGUGAUAAUCGAGUCUAAGGAUGCUUACAUCAUCUACUGUCAUGAGGUUACUCGUGAUAUUUUUCUCAGGAUGGAAUCCUCAAGAGCAAACUGGAUUGCUGUAAACCGUACAGAGAAGUGUUUUUUGCUUCAGUUGAUAUUUUCUACCACUUUCAAGCUACUGAGCAUUUAUUUUGUUAUGAAAUAAGAAAUUUGUGUGUGUAUAUUACACAAGAGAUUUAUUUUUUGUCAAUGAAUCUCCUAAAUUGACUAUUCAAGCAUUUGGCUUACAGUUAGCACUAUGGUGGGUGUAAUUUUUGGGAGUGCAAGUUGAACUACUGUGAAAUGUCAGAAUCUUCUGUUUAUACCUGAAAACAGGAUCUCUGAACAGUCCACUUCUGAGUGAAAUGACAAAAUCAUUUAUAAUUGUGAUUGCUGUAAAGUUUUUUGUUUAAUAUGCCUUUAUUAGUUCUGGAAAUUAGUUGGCACUAAAUUUUUUACAUUUUAUACAUGAUUUUUUAUUUUCUACCAUCAAGUGUUCCUGUGGUGUCACUUUUUAUUUUUUUAAGUAGUACACAACUUGCGUGUACAAAUUUGUUAUAAAUAAAAUGUUCUUUAAUUUGAAAUUCAAAUUAAACAAAAAUUUAUAAUAUGCUAUUAAAUUUGCAACCCAAAUUAUUCUGGCAAGAUAUUUUUAACAUUUAGUUUAAUAAUAAAAAAAUUGUGAUUCUUUUAUUUAACACUAAAUUUAUUGUUAAAUUUACAAUUGAUUUCAGUAAGAAAGCACUAAUAAUCUAAAGUAUGUAAAUAGUUUGAUGAAUUUUAAAUGAAAUACAAUGUUUAAAAAUGAUUCCCUACUUUCCUCAUAUUGUUUCUUCCUGUAAUGUCAUUGAUAUACUCUACGGGAAAUAGGAAGUCCACUGCUGUGGUUUGUUUUAUUAAAUUAUCCAAAUCUGCAUACAGUUUUAUGUCAGGCUAUUCUUUGAUUUUUGAAUUCUAUUUUAUAAGUUAG